AUGGAUUCGAAGACGAAGCCAGUGAGUACUCUAAUGGCCUCAUAUUUCAAGUUCAGUGUAUUGCAGUCUCCUAAAGAUGAUGAAGAGCAUGACUACAUAAGGAAUGUCCAAUAUGCAAGUAUUGUUGGAAGCUUAAUGUAUGCCAUGGUGUGUAUACGACCUGAUAUCUCACAAGCUGUUAGCUUAGUUAGUUGCUGGACCAUAGAUCUUGGUUUAAAGUUUGAGAAGAGUGAAAAUAGUCUAGUAACUGGAUAUAUUGACUCAAACUAUGCAAGUGAUCUUAAACACUGA